AUAUAUUAAGUAUAACACGGGACCGACUUUAGGUGUCAAUAAACAGAAAAUAAAAACCUAUUAUCAGUUUGUUGCAAACAGCUUUCAUAUAAAGGUGCUCCAAGUAUCAGUUUAUCUAAAAAAAAUCAGAAGAUAAUUAAAUAUAUACCUCUAGAAGUAAUAUUUAAAUUGCCUACGUACUGGUCAUGGAACCUUGGCAUCCUCCUGGACCUCCCCACUUAGGUCCACCACCUCCAGGACCCCCACCGCAUCCGGGAUUUCCACCUCCACCGGGACAUUAUCCUCCACCUCCUCCUGAUUUUGAUCCAGCUUUCAGUGUAGCUCCGGGAUUCCAUCCGGGUCCGUAUCCGCCACCCCACCCACAUCCAUAUCCACCUCCACCUGGGCCUCCUCCACCAGGCGACCAUUUACCACCAUGGGGCUGCCCGCCUUGUAGUCAUCAGUGGAGAGCUCCAGGAUGUCCGCAGUGCGAUGGUUGGAGAUGGGAAUGAGUUAUUAUGUGAUUUUAAAGAAUUUAUUAAAAUUCAGUUCAAUGCAAUGUCUUGUAAAUGAUGUAAUAUGAGUUUAAUAUUUACAAUAAAAAAUUUAAAAUGUUUUAAAUAAUGAAAAAUCUAACUAAAUUAUAUUAAUUAGU